UUUAUUCAAUUCAUUAUCAGAAAAACAAACACAUCAACAAAAGCAGGUCUUGCUCUGACUACAGUAGCUUUAACUCUGUGUUUUAGGCAAAGCAAAAAAAACAUGUUGAGGCUGAUGUGAUUCAGAUGGACUCAGACUGUGAACACAUUUUUGUGACACUGCUUUAGAGCGAAAGUGGAAGACACAUACAAUUACAAAGCAUAAAACACUGUAGUACCAACCAACAUGUAAAGUGAAUUUGAGUCAGUGCUUCACGAGCAAGAAACCUGAAUUAGUAGCAGGGAGAAGAGGGAUAAGAUCAUUUUAUAGAUGCACUGGUUCACUCCAUGCUGUACUUCAGCUGUCUCCCUCCCAUCUGACUCUGCUGCUCUGCCAAUGCCUUGUUCUCCAAAGAUACAGUCCUUUAGCAAAUAAAGAGAGAGAGAGAGAGGGCAAACAUGGAGGCAGUGUCUGUGGCCCAGCACUUUCUGAGCUGAAGACAGAGCAAGCAGAGAGUGUUUACUGGAGAGUGAGAGAGAGGGAGGGCGAACAAGAGCCUGGAAGAAUAGGGUCAGUUCAGGGAUUGUCCUCGAUAGGAGCUGCGUGUGUGUGUGUGUGUGUGUGUGUGUGUGUGUGUGUGUGUGUGUGUGUGUGUGUGUGUGUGUGUGUGUGUGUGUGUGUGUGUGUGUGCUCAUUUUUUAUCCUGUCUUUGAGUUAAACCACAGCUAUGAGUCGGACCACUUUUUUUGAGGUGGAAGUUCUGGAUGCCAGGACCCGAGAGCAGCUUUGUUUUUUAGACAAGGUGGAUCCCUGCUCAACAAUAGGAGACAUCAAGAGCCUUUUUUGCAAAACAUAUCCUCACUGGUAUCCAUCAAGACAGGCCCUGAAGCUUGACCCCAGCGGUAAAUCGCUGAGAGACGACGAGGUCCUACAGAAUCUUCCUGUCGGGACCACUGCCACCAUGUACUUCAGAGAUCUCGGUCCACAGUUGGGUUGGACCAUGGUGUUCCUGGCCGAGUACGUCGGGCCUCUUCUCACCUACCUCCUCUUCUACCUUCGAGUGCCGUACAUCUACCCGCACGGAUUCGCCUUCACCUCCAGUCCCCAUCCGGUCGUCACACUUGCCUGUGCCUGCCAUACCUUCCACUACGCCAAGAGGCUGAUGGAGACCGUGUUUGUGCAUCGUUUCUCCCGCGGGACCAUGCCUCUCAGGGCCAUAGUCAGGAACUGUGCUUAUUACUGGGGUUUCUCAGCCUGGUUGGCCUAUUACAUCAACCACCCCCUGUACACGCCUCCAUCAUACAGAGAAGUGCAGGUCACCGCUGCCCUGGUCAUGUUUGUGAUGUGUGAACUGGGAAACUUCUCCAUUCACCUGACUCUGAAUAGCCUCAGAGGGGACGCAUCUAGGAUCAGACGGUUUCCUGUUCCCACUAAAAACCCCUUCACGUGGCUGUUUGUCUUUGUCUCCUGUCCCAAUUACACAUAUGAGGUUGGCGUUUGGGUGAGCUUCACCGUCAUGACCCAGUGUCUGCCAGUGGCAUUAUACACUUUACUGGGCUUCAUUCAGAUGAGCAUCUGGGCCAAAGGGACGCACAGGGCCUACAGCAGGGAGUUCAAGGACUACCCCGGCCUCCGCAUGGCCAUCGUCCCCCUGCUCCUGUGACAGAGGGUCAGAGGUCAGAGCUCCACAGGCCACCAGGCCAUCGCCGCUUGACUCUAAGCAUGAGAUAAGCUUUUAUUCAUAAACAUCUGCUACUGCCAAAUAAAGAG